CUGCGUUUUGCAAAUGUGCGUAAUAUUGCAAAAAAUUUGACAUUUUUUUUAAAAAGCAGUGAAACAACAUUUAAAAUGAGACUUAUUUAUUUAUUUUUUGUCAUUUCUUUUGUUUCUGCAUACAAAUUGAGAAAAAAAUCACAUCAGGGAGUUGCUGAAGCCCGUCAAGGAAUAAUAGAUGUAACAGUGCUUCAGCCAACGCCAACAGAUCACCAAAAUUUAAAUCUAGAAAACACUAGUGAUGGAUUAACCACUGCAUCGUUGACAGAAGGAGAUAUACCACUAAAGAUUCAUGUAAAACAUCACCAUAACAUUACAAAUAUCGAAGCAGAUGGUCAUGAAAGUAAUUCAAAGCACGUUAAAGACACAACCGAAACCAUUUACACCAUUAAAAACUCCGGUACAACUUUAAAUAACCAGGCUAAAGAAGAGACCGAUAAAAGCAUUGACGUACCUACAGAAACAACAUCGGAAGUUAUUAGUAAUCAUAUUUUAAAGGAGCCUCAUUCUGCUAAUGAUGUACCGAUUGAAAAAAAUUCUUAUUACGAAAUAGUUAACGCUGAUCGUCCUGUUCAAUCAGACGUAUUAACAUUGUCAAAACAAGUAACUAUUUUGAAUCAUGUUGAUACAACAACAACCCCAUUUUUAGUUUCGACAAACUUAAAUGAAGAGGCAAAAAUCUCUAACAAUGCUGCUGAUGAUAUUGUAAAAAGCAGUGAAGAUCCAUUUGCGCAUCUCUUAGAAAAAUUAGAACAAGAAGAAGGAACACAUGUUACAACUGUGCAACACCCAAUAAAGAAAAUUAGUUCGCAUAGUUUUUCUUCAAAAUCAGCUCACGAUAAAUUAUUAGAAAUGGUUAAUGAGCUUAAGGAAGCCGUACAACAAAUGCAGGUUUCAAGCGAAACUCCACAAGUUGUUAAAACAUUGUCAACAUCGAUGAUAGAUUCGUUAACAUCAAACUUUCAUCAAAAUGAUAACAAAAUUACACUAACAGAAAUUGAGGAUGCAUUAAAAAAAGCCGUUUCGCACAACGAGCAUAAACCUGACUACGAAUCAUUAGGGCUUUUAAAAAAUGCAUUUGAAUCUGUAGUAAAAGAUAUUCAAAAAACCCACGAAAUAAAUCUUGUUAACAAUCAGCCUUCUGUUUCAGUCAGUGAGAAUUCAAAGAUAAUAAAGUCAGAGGGUAAUGAUAUUUUAAAUGAGAAAUCUGAAGAUAUUGUAAGUGAAGAGCAUAUCCAAAAACUUCCUUUGCCAUCAACUAAUGCAAUUCAUUCUGAGACCAACAAUCUUGAUUUUCAACCAGUACCAGAAGAAUCUAAUGAACACAGUAUUGUUAACAGGCUGCAAAACGUUAAAAAAAUAUUAGAAGAAAUUAUCAACCUAGUUCUGCAUGAAAGCGAAACACCAAUCGAUAACGAACACCAUGUUGAAUCUUCUUUCAACCAUCACGAAAAACCACAACAGAUGCAUAUCAGAGUUAAAUUUAUAGAUCUCACAGGGCAUGAUAAACCAUUUGUAGAAAAUGGAGCAAAAAAAAUGAUGGUUCCUACAAGAGUAAACGCGGCAGUGAUACCGUUGAAUAUGUAUAAAAAAUCUCAAACUGAUUUAUCAAAAGUAUUUUUAAAUGACAUAAAGCUUCCAAAGGGUGAGGAAAGCAAAGCAGUUAUUUUAACAAAAACCAACGAAGAGCGCUCAAAAGUGAUCGCUUCAAUUUACCGACGAGCAAUUAAAAGUGUUUUAAAAACUCUUCAAAAAAAAAAGCAAAGUAGCUAAGGAACCGCUGGUUUUAUAGUAAAGAAAACGAAAACCUUUGGAUAGUACUUUUUCUUUUAAUAGUUUGACAAUAAUUAAAAACAAAAAAUGUUUCAAAAGUAA